AUGUCAGACAUCAAUCGCUCUGAACAACGAAUUACACAAUUGGAACAACAAGUUCAAUCCCUCUUAAAUAGUGUUAAAACACUCCAAGAAGGAAAAUCUAAAGUCGAUAAUACUAUCGCCGAUAUCCAUCACAAUCAUAAUUUAAUGAGUUCUUCACUCAAUGACAUCACAAUCAGACUUGACAAAUACGACACAAUCCUACAACCUGUCUCUUAUACACAUCACAAUCAUAAUUUAAUGAGUUCUUCGAUCAACAACAUCACAACCAGACUUGCCAAAUACGACACAAUCAUUCAACAGCUCACAACUAAUAUUAAUUUACUUAGUCAAGAACAGAUUGCACAACAUAAAGAACGUAGUGUUAAAACACCAAAACGACCAUCGCCAUACGAACAAACCUCGUAUAGGGCAACCAAAAAUAGAUACAACCUAAGAGGUAAUAAACAAGGAAACAUAUUAGCGAAAGACAGCGAGCAACAUCCUUUAACAACUGAUGACGAUACCGAUACCCCUGACGAUGCCGCGAUGUCAGACGGUGCCGUCUUCGAAGGAAUCAUCGACGAAGUGUCAAAUGCAACAUCAUCUGAAUCAAAAUUUUCAGUCAAAUCCUACAAUCCCCUCAAUCUCCUCCCGCAGUUUAAUGCGACACGUUAA